AUGGUUGAUGAACAUACUUAUAAUAUAGAUUCCAAUAUUCCUCAUUUUAUACCAAAGAAGAAAGAAAAUAUUCGAGUUUUUGUACAACGAAAACGUUCAUCAUUCCAAUCAAAUAGUUUUAGAAAAUUCAUUUCAACUACAGAGAAACAAUUAAAUAUGAAUAAAAAAUAUUUUCGAAAUAAUAAAAAUACUAUUCUUAUUAAUUAUAAGCCAAUAUUUAUUAAUUCUGAUCAACAGAAAUCAAUACCAACAUAUUCAUCAAUAAAAAAUAAUUUACCUUCAUCAACUGUUAAUAAUAUGAUGACAACAACACCACCACCAGAUUCUGAUAAAAUUAAUCGUACAUUGAAUCAACAAUCAGUUUCAUUUGAUGUUCCUGAUACUGAAGAUCCAUUUGUAUUUAUUGAAAGUAUGUAUCAACAAUUAUUUACUGAAGAUGGACAAUUACGUAAUGGAACUGAACCAGCUGUAUUAGCUGAUUGUGUUAAACAAAUUGUAACACAUUCAAGAAGAAAUUCUAUAGUACAUCGAGAUCCAAUAUUUUCAAAUGUAUAUCAACGAAAAUCUUCAAUGCCAUCUAAGAGAACAUCUGUAUCAUCUUCAAUUCAUUUGAUACCGGAUAUAUUUAGUGAAGAAGAAGAAUAUGAUGAAGAACAAGAAUCUCAUAUAACACAACAAAGAAAUAGACUUGCUAAUACAUCUCAACGAAGUUCAAAACAUUCAAUUAUAGAUCAUAAUGACCAUCAUCAACAACUUCAUGCAUUUGUUAAUUCAUAUUAUCAGAAUCAGAGACAAACAUCAAUAGAUCAUAAUAGAAUUAAAUCUGAUAAUCAUCUUUCAGUUGAUGAUACUGAUAAUGAAGAUCUUGAUACAUUUUCUGAUUUAAACUCUUAUCGUAAAACAAUUCGUAAUUCUCCACAUUUAAGUAUGAAUGAUGAUACAAUACAUACAGAUUCGAAAUUGUUAUCAUCUGGUUAUCAGUCAUUAAGAUCAAAUAAACCAAAUAUAUCUAAGAUAGAUUUAAAAGUUGAUCAACAUUGUUGUUCAGAUUGUUCAUCUACAUCACAAACUUCAAUAAUAUCUCCAAUACGAGAUAUGGUUACGAAAUAUGUUAACUUUAUAUUUAUUUCAAAAAAUAUUCUUAUUGUACCUUUAUUGAUCUUUUUCCUACGUCAACGAUCAGUACUUACAAGUAAUUAG